AGGUAACGCCUUGUUUACAUCGGCUGGGCGUUGCGAAGGCACUGACGUGAGGAGCUGAGGGGACAGCUUGAUACUCGAGGACUUCGCCAUGGAAUUGCAGGAUUCCUUUUAUCCCAGAGCUCAGUAUAUUGAGACUGCCACAGGAAACCGAGUCAGCCGUGCAAGUGUGUUAUGCGGUUCUCAAAAUAUUGUGUUAAGUGGUAAAGUUAUCGUGCUUAGUGGUGUGAUCAUCAGAGGAGACCUUGCAAAUGUUAGAGUAGGACGCCAUUGUGUGAUAUCAUCCAAAGCGGUUAUCAGACCUCCGUUUAAAAAAUUCAGUAAGGGAGUAGCAUUUUUCCCACUUCACAUUGGUGACCAUGUUUACAUUGGUGAGGGUUCUGUUGUAAAUGCUGCAGUCAUUGGCUCUUAUGUCUAUAUUGGAAAGAACUGUGUUAUUGGACGCCGUUGUGUACUGAAAGAUUGCUGUAUGAUUGCUGACAACACCGUCUUGCCACCUGAGACUGUUGUUCCACCAUUUGCAAUCUAUAGUGGUUCACCUGCCAAGCACACAGGAGAUCUGCCAGAGGCUACACAAGAUCUUAUGACUGAUUACACUAAGUCAUGUUAUCACCAUUUCAUCAGAGUCAAAGAUAUGCCACCACAGGCAAAGGAAGGAACUACAAAGCUUAUUGAAAUUUAGAUGUGUUUCAUUUACUUCUUAAAAAUUGGGUAUUACAGAAAGCUCUAUUUUUGCUUCACUGUUUCCUCAAGCCAAAAGUAUAAUAUCCAGCCUGAGUUAUGGAACUUCAGUUGAACUCAGUGAAGAAGAGAAUAUAUUUCUGAGGUACGCUAUUUAUUUCAAAUCAGUUACCUCAGAAUUUAGCAAAAGCAUAAAUUAAAUUAUGUUAUGUUUACAGGUCGACUAUGAUGUCUUUUGACCUAACAAUUGGUCUGCCUAAAUAUAUCACUAGGGGAUUUCUGUGUCUACUACUAAUCAAAUACAGUAUAUGUCAUUCUAGUAUGAUACUGACAGCAUUGUGAAUUAUUAUUAUUUCAGAAGCUUUAAAUAUGGAUUAUACUUUUUUUUUAUAUAUAUAUAUAGAAUAAUAAAUGAAGACUCAAAAACACAGAACUUUUACUAUCACAAGAUUAUCUUCUGGAGCCAGAUUUUAUGGCUGGGUAAUAGCAGUCUAUUUGUGUGCUGCUGUAAAAUAAAUUUUGAAUAUGUAGACUUUAUUAGGACUGUUAUUGCAAAAGUUAAUUUCAAGCUUAAUAAAGAUGGAAUUUAUAUCAUUAUGGGCUUGUGUAUGUUAAAAUAAAGUAAAUAAUGGCAGUUGUUGUUUCUUUAAAAGAUGCAAAGAUUGCUCUUACUAUUAUAUUGUCACACCUCUAUAUUGUACCAAAGCACACAUUUUUAAGCCUGCGAGAUAACCUGUUUGUAAACUAGUUAUAAACUUGUUCCAUAUUCUCAAUUUUCACAAUUUGGUAAGGACUACCUUAGCUAUUGCAUAAUAUUAUUCUAGAUAUUGGAGAACAGGAUUCUGAAUAAACUUUUAUAAAGCUGGAA